CGAGGGUUGUUUCGAUGGCGUUCCUCAAAAGCUAUGCAUUUUUUGUGCUUAUCUUGUUUCCUUGUUCUCUCCAUGUAGUUCAUGCAUUGAAUUACGCUACGUUUAAUCCUCAUAGCAAUUUCAUGUUGCGUUGGUCGUAUGACAACAACAAGCUGAUCUUCAACAUGACGUGCAAAGUGAUGGGCUGGUGUGCAGUCGGUUUUACAGAAACUGAUACCGGUAGAAAUAUGGAAAUGUACGAUAUCGCUGCCGGUGGGGUCGCCUCCAACACACCAUAUCUUAAAGUAAGUUUUUGUAUAUCUCAACUGUACUUUUCUAUAAUGAAGUAUAAAAGACAAGUAAAUUGAUCGCUUUGGCAGAGCGGGUUACUCUAGGCUAAGAUGUGAGUUCGCCCAGGAGCCGAUUACUAAUCGGCUCCUCGUUCGCCUUCAGAAAACUGUUUUUCUGAAAUACGGAGUGGAAAGCAAAAAUUUGCAUUCUCAGAAAGACAGUGUUGCAUCUUGGCUGUCUUCGUAGAAAAAAAUACAUUUUAAAAAAUUUUCAAUUGAUUGCCAAGAUACCCACUAUCUUUUCAGUCUUUUUAGAGUAAAAGACGGCGUAGAAUGAUUUUAAUUUGUAUUAAAACUGCUUAGUGGGAAAAUAAACUAAUGUUCAACAAAACGAAAGCUACAAAGCAUGAAACGUCUGCAUGUCCGUGGCCUUAUAUUUAUCUCUAUCGCGUGCUAACUACGCUAAAUAUUUCUGCAGACAUUUUGGACUUUCAGACUUCAGGAUAUUCACGUCUUAUCUUCUCCACUUUUGCUGCAGUAUAACUCUUGUCAGAAACACAAAUCAGUUGGGACACCAAAGCGCUUGUUCCGGAUUUUUAGGGUAUAUUGAAGACCAGUAGCGUUUCUAUUCUUUGGACAAAGCAAUAUCUGCCUCAGGGCUGCACGUGAAAAAUAACCAUAUGGCACAAGCCCUUUUAAUUAGUCUCUUUAUUUCUGCUAAGACAUUUUUAUAGUUGAUUUAGCCCUACAGGAAGAUUCUUUUAACUUAUGCGUACCUGAAUUAUCAGAAUUAUUAAAACAUUAGAGCUUUGCCGUAUUCCUGUGGACAAAGGUGACAAAAUAUAGCGAUUUGUAUAAAUAUGUUCACUCAAGCAUUUUAAAUUUGACUGAAGUGCUAAGGGAAAUUUUUUUAAAAAGUUAUAAAAGUUUGAAAAAAUUGUAAUCAUAUGGAUAACCAAAAAUAGGUGAGCACGAAUUUAAAAACUAGCACAAAGUUUUCAAUACGUUAAUAUAAGACCAUGGAAGUCCAUUAUUUCUGAUCUGUUCACAAAUCCCUGAUAAUGAAAGACAUCUUUGGAAUGUACAUAAGGUCCGUUGGUUUGACGCACUCUGAUUUAUUGUUUUUGAUAUUACUCUAGUAAAAGCAGAUCAAAAACAACCCUUUGGGAGACACGCAACAUGAAAACGAGUUAUCAAUAUCCCACCUUUUCGAUACCAAGAACAAAAAGACCGACUGGACAAGUGUCCGUUCUGCAUAGUUCGCCGUCUGUACAAAUAUUAUUUCUGGAACAUUAAUAAAGAACUCCAGAUAUGACGUUUUAGCUUUUUUAUACAUGUGAUCUAACAAAUAAACUCAUUAUGCCCUCUUUCCUGAAUGAUCCCCGGAGGGCAGGCAUUCCCUUAUUUGGCGUAAAGGAUAUGUGCCGCUGAACAGGGUACGGUUUUCUGGGUCUUGAGUCUUAAACAGGGCGGUAUACAAUUUCACUAUUUUACUAUUCAGCGUCUUGAACAGGGCAUGUUUUUGGACCGGAAGCCAUAAAAGAAUGUGAAGGUUUACGAUGAGCGGUCUACAAGUGUGGUACCAACAAUUAUUUUCCAAACAAUUCAAGUCCAUGAUGAUAGUUUAAAAACUAUUUUAUACUUUUGUACUGAAACGAAGGAGGAGAGGCAUCAAGGCCCAGUCUUUUUACUGAACUUGUUACUGUGUAGAGAUUUAUUUCUUUAUGGUUUUCCAUGAGAGAACGUCAUUUAUCCGUUUACCGGAUUUUAUCUACUCUGGAGACCGUUUACGAAUUUAAAUAUCCUUCAGCCCUUAGCAAGAUCGCUCGAAAUCUCCAAAGGAUUCACGUGUCAACGCAUACUUUUCCGUGCAUAGUCAUAAUCAUGAUUAUAGAGACUCAAUUGGGCAUAACUUUGACACCAAAAGAGGAAGGGGUGACGCUACGGAGCAGUCCGGUCAAUUUCAAUUAACUACAUAAACUAGCCAAGCCUAAAAGCGGAGUUCCAACAAACUUCAGGGAAACACAAAGAAUUGUUUCCUGUAAAACUGUAAACACAAAAAAACCCUUAAACUUAUACCAUUAAAUCCAAGAAGAUUCGCAACAAGACUGCUAAUUUUGAGAAUGAACGCUUAUAAAAUUGUAAAACGUUGGUAAAACAAAGAAAAAACAAACAAACUUGACAACUAUUUGUGAAAAUGCAAACGACCCGUCUACAGGGAUCCCAAACUCACUAUGUGAGCGCUUGUUUAAAUUACAGUCGAAGCUCUUGUAACCAACCAGCCUUAGAAAUUCGAAAAAGUGAUUGUAACUGGAGCUACAGAUUACGAGAAUGAGCUCUUGUAAGCGAACGCAUGGUAAAACAAUAAGAAGUGGUCUCCUUAAUAAUUUAUAAACGAAAAAAACAAAAGAAAUUAAUGUUUUAUCAGUGUCUUUUUGUCUGAUAUAGACAAGGCUAAACUUAACGUCCAAUUUUUAACACCAAAAUAUCCCAAACUGACUGUAUGUGUAACCGACUGUAUAUGUGACCGACAGGAUUACUGGAGCGUCCGCAAGGAACCACCACCAGAAGAUACUGUUAACAACUUUAAGCUACUUGGAGCCAUGGAGAUGGGUGGAUAUACCAGCGUUAGAUUUGAAAGAAAUUUGACGACAGAAGAAGCAGAUAAAGAUGUUCAGUUUAUGGUAAGGUUGUACAACAAAUAUAAAGUAAUAUGGCGCGGUGUGUGCAAACGCUGAUAAAGCACCGAAGGUGCAAGGGUCUACAAGGAAAAUUGGGGAAAACGCUUUUCUGAGACUCCAUUUCAUGGACUUUACAAGACAAACUGGUAGUCUUUACACUAGGUCGUUAAGUAGGACAUAAGAGCUGCUAAGUUUUACUUAAUCAAAGAUACAUGCCUGAAGGCCUAAGUAAAAUUUAAAAUUCUUUUACUUUGCAUCUCAUUAAAGCCGGAACUGAGUUGAAACGAUUCCAGAAAAGUUGCAAGUGACUUAAAAACCAUCCUUAAAACCGGCUUUUCGAACUUGCGGUUUCUUAAGCUUUAUUGUUUCAAGCAAAUUAAAUCAUAUCAUAUAUCUUAAUUAUAUUGCGUUGGAAAAAGACUCCUAGGCAUUCGUAACAAACAGAUCUGCCCCUGCACUCAGGAUAUAUAAUUUUUUCUCAUUUUUUCAUUUUUAUUGGUUUAUCCAGAUAUUUACAAUUUUAUUUUCUCACUGCCCACAAAUAUCAAAGGCUAGUCUAGGUGGUCAGUGUCUAUAUAAAACAAAAUACGCAUAUAACUGAAAAUUCAGAUUUAUCCACAUGGUGUUGAGACUAGACAUCUCCAUUCCUGGGGUCUAACACAUUAAAUAGGUUAACAUUUUGCUGCUUUUAGUAAAGUAUCAUAAGUUUUACGGGGGUAAAGCAUUUUAACCCAGGAUUCACAGGGGCGGAUCCAGGGGGAGGGUGCAGGGGGUGCGACCUGCGGCCGCUUUCUAAUUAACACUGUGCAGUCGCUUGACAGACAUACAAAAUCUGCUCUAUCGUUUGAUAUGUAUUCUCAGCAGUUCACAUUAUGUUAUUUCCUAGUCAAAAGCCCUCUUCUUCCUCUUCGCUUUUAAAAUUUUUACGUCAUCAGUCAGUUAGUGGUGCACCCCCUCCUAAGAAAAAUCCUGGAUGCGCCCCUGAUUCAGGUUAUUUAUCAUUCAAUAGUUUACUUCGAAAACUUGUCAGUUGGCAGCUUUCACUUAAAAUUAUUUCCGGCUUUUUACAUACUUACUUUGUCUACCUUUGGAUUUACAGAUGAAUACUACAGUCUUUAUCGUCUGGGCUAUGCAGAAUAUGGAUGCCACUUCAGGGUCGUCAACAUUAGGGCCACAGCACGGCGGUGCCAGCAGCAAUAUGAGGGGAAUAUCACCAGAAAAGCAUAACCUGAUCACUGAGGCCAUGGCUGCGGCGAUUACACCUACCACCACUAUCAUGAUGAUGCCAUCCACCUCUGUUGUUUCUACGCCUCAACCAACAGGUAGUGACGGGUGCCAGAAUAGUCUCAGAUUCUAAUUAACUUGAUUACUUCCCGCGAUUAAUUUGUAAGGAAAAGCUAUGAAUUACCAAACGUAGAAAAUUAACAUCAUUCUUCCGAUAACUUUUCAUCUUUGGACAAUUGAAAAAAAUAAUAAUAAAACCAAAAAUCAUUGACGUUGUGACCUGGGCAUACUGAUACUGAAAUUAAUUUUGUAUAUUUUAGCGCUUUCGAAAUAUUUUCAAUGAAUAUAAUUCUAGCCGAUUUUUUGAAAACCAACUUAACGACAUUUGCCGUCAUUUGGGUGAAAAGGCGUCAAAAGGCAGGUUUCUUGGGCCUGAUAAGCUCCACAAGGAAAGGAGAAAAAGAAAGAGCGAGGAGGAAGAAAGGAUGAGAAGAGAAAAGAGCAAUGGUUGCACUCAUAGUUUUUAUAAUGGCUGCUUAAGAGAAAAAAAACUGCUGGACACAAAAGGUCCAUUUGGCGGUAACGUUUUCAAAACUCUGGCUAGAAUUAUAAUAAGAUAAUUAGUGAAUUCGGCACUCGCAUAAUAGGAAGAACGACACAUACCUCGCAGAGUCUUUCUCGGUCUACACAAUUCUUCACAUCAUAGUCAGCCUUACCGCCCAGUUGUGACUACUGAGAUUCGGGUGACUCAGCGUAACUGUCUUUUCAAAAUUCCAGCAUGCUUAGUAACCAUCGUUAAAUGCAAGUUUUAACGGGAAUAUUGGCCUAGACGGAUAUGUGCCGUUUAACAGAGUAUAGUUUUUACGGUCUUGAGUCUUAAACAGGGUGUGUUAUUGACCGGAAGCGUUUAAAACUGUAAAGGCUGAAGAUAAGCGGUCCUCAUUUGCGAGCACCAACAUUUUUUUCCCCAAAAUCCAAGUUCCAUGAUAUUAGAUUCAGAAAAUACAUAAUUCUCUACGCAAAACGAAACGAAACAGAGUCAUAAAACAGGGUAGCGAAAUGAGCAAUUUUUGUCUUAAGCAGGGUCAGGUUUUGAAGGCUUCGGUUUCACAUCUCUAUCCAACCUUUCAUCGGGUCCCCCCCCCUCCGGGGAAAGACAAUUACUCCCUGCACCUUUCUUAAGAUCUCAGCCCAUAAAGGGUGUUUUCCGACUCACGUGUCAAUGCAAAUUUAUUGGACCAAAAGAAAGUGUCUACAUAUUCAAGAAAAGAGUUUAUCUCCCACAGGAUUUGUUUAGAACACUACAAUCCCUCUUGCUACAUAAUCCCCUCGAAAUAUGAGUUACACUCUUUUUUUUCCUAUAAGAAUAUCUACCUGGAGUUAUGAAAACCGGGUUAGCAAACAAUUUGUAAUUUUUCUCAACUUCCCCUGUCUCAGAAUAGCUUGUUUACUGUGUUGUUUGCCUUUGUCGUUUUUUUGCUUGUUUUGUGGUUAGGGAUUUGUGUAGAAGUGGAUGUAGACAGAAUUACUAUCUUACCCCCCCCCCUCCCCUCCCUCCCUUCCUCCUUCCCUAUUUUUUUGCCCCUACCCACAAUUCUCUCUUUAAUUGCUGCCGCAGUGAGCGAGCCUGAAGCGAGCGAACGAGGCAGCUCUCUAAUCGGCAAAAAAUUACAUUAUAGGGGCAUUCAAUCACUUUUUCUUACCAAACGCAAGCAAUUGUGGUUAUGCGCGACUCAAAGAUUUGGGAUGCGCAAUGGACUCGCAAGGAACUGUGGUUAAGUGUAAAUGGAGGUUUGGGAUGCGCAGUAGACUCGCAAGGGAUUGUGGCUAUGCUCGAAUGGGAGAUUUAGAAUGCGCAGUGGAUUACCACGUGCUUUCCUCUUACACUGAUUUUCAACUGCAAUUUAAAUAAUUUGCAAUCUCGUUAAAGCAAAGAAACAACAGGUCUAAUUAGAAAACAAAAAAUCUUUGCACGUGCUGCAUACUUUUGCAGUUGGCCGACACUUGUCGACCGAGAAUCGAAAGCAUUCAUGAUAAAUUUAUCAUAGUCGAUGCUAAGGAAGAAUGAAAGAAAAGUUCGAAACCUCUAUAUAUUUGGGUCGGUUUUCGGAAACCAGAACACGCUGAGACUCAGCAAAAUAGCGUAGCAUAUGGACAAAGAAAUAGCAUCACUGCAUGGAGCAAGCAGCCGUUUAAUUUCUUUCAAGGAUAUUUUCACAAAAUUAUAAGUCCGAUAUUUUGACUAUAGUGAUUAGGGUUAAGCACUGAAAAUACUAACUGAAGCACUAACCAAACUGAUUAGGGUUAAUUCCUGAGAAUGGCGAUUAGGGUUAGCGGUUAGCUUCUAUUUUGGGUUGGGGUUUACGCUAUAAUAUUUGAAUAAAAUCGCCAUCUUGCAGAGAAACCACGGUGGUCUAGUUGUUAGAAUUGUGGUAUGCAGACCCUAUGCUCCGGGACCGAAUCCACUCAUAUUCGAGUGAAUUUUUUUUUUCUUUAAAAUUGAAGAGACUUACACUUUGACAACAGUUGUAGAUCAUAAACUAAGUCUCUCAGUCUAUUCUUACUCGACGUAUGAUAGUUUGGUCUGGCUGGGAUUCUUCGAUUUGACAAAAAUUAUUGAAAAAAAUAUCGGACUGCCGGUCAUUUAGUGUUUUGAAAAUCUUGACCGGUUACCGGCCAUAUAGCCGCAGCCUUUACUAUUUUCCAAGCAAAUUUCCUUCUGUUCUAAGAGGGAAACACACAAGCAGCAUUAGAGCAACGAGCCCGAAAUUUAUGUGUCAUGUAUUUAUCAAAAAUUGAACAUAACUACCCUCCAAAAUUGUUUAAAUUAGUGUUUGAUUGGUGACAUGGUUGGCCAAGUUAAUGUUGUGUUUUCAUGGUCGUUUCUCAAACCUAUCUUGUAGCGCAGAUCACAGUCGAACAAAUUUCCUUAAACUUGGCAGAUGAAAUAAACAGUCUUCAACUCAAGAAUUUUAAGUUUCGUGGAAAUCGCUCGAUUUUUGUGCGAACAGAAAGACUGAACACCAUAGUUAGAAAAUUUGCUCGUAUCACCAAAUCAAAGCUUCAAAAUAAGUUUCAGUCAUUCAGUCACGGUUGAAAGCGAGAAUGAUUGAUAUACAUAUCAAAAAUCGACAACUUGUUAUCUGGCCACUUCUGACGCGACGCGAGCACGUUAGAAAAAUACAAAAACUGGCUCAUAAUUAAGUUAGUGACCUUGGCUUUAACGCGAUACUCAAAAGGAAGAUAAUUUCUAAAUUUAGGUCAUCACUGACAAAGAUUUUGGAUUAAGCCCUCUUAGCCUCACAUCACCUUUUACUAAAACUUUACACUUAAUUUUCCUUUUCUUCACUAUUCCUUGCCUACGGCAGCAUUUCUACCCUUUAGGUGUACUAGUACAAGUGAUAGUUAUUUGAAAUCAGUGCGCGCCUAAAGCUAGUUUCGGUGCCGUUUAGCAAAAAGUUUCCCGGGGAGCAUCAUGUAAAGGUUUGAGAUGGGACAAAGUUAUUACGAUUCACAGAGUCUGCAUUGUCCAAUAUCGUAUUAUAUUCUCGUUUCAUUUGGCUAAACGGAUGAAUCACCCUGAUCCGGGCUGAGACAGAAAGGUACGAUAUUGUUCGCUUUUCUAAGGUGACCACUAAGUCUUUGGCCUCGGGAGCAGGCUCUUAGGAGUCAAAUGAAUUACAGUCGACUCCCGAUAAUUCGAACCUUCAAGGGAAAUAGAAAAAAGUUCGAGUUAUUGAGGGUAAAAUUAUACUGAAAAUGAUCUGAAGGGAAUUGAAAUUUGCGUCGAGUUAGCGGGAGGUUCGAGUUAUGCGGGGAGUCGACUGUAGGUGAGAGCAAAAUUGCAGGUGAACUUUGACCCGGGCCAAGACUGAGCGUGUGGCUCUACAUCCGGGAACUUGAAUAAGACGAGUGAAAGAGAAAAGUCCAGAGGUGUUUAUUUGCCAAUAGCCUGAGUUUUUCCGAGUUAUUCGAUGAUAUUUCGCUUAGGGACGGACCAUUAGAAAACUUAUGACGGGGGGGUGGCGGGCGAAGUACAAAAAAAUAUUCGCGCAAGGGAAAAUUAAGGUCUCGGUAAAGGAAAACGAGGUGCCCACAGAAAAAAAUUCUAGUCGCGCGAGUAUUUUCGCUACAAAGGCAAGUUAUAUAUCAAAUUAAAGCUAAAAGACUAAAUUACCUUAUAAAAGAUUUUAUUUCAUCGAAUUUCAAAAGGCGCUUAAGUUUUUUGCUCUCGAACUCAGAGGUAUCGAGUUUACUGCUGAAGCUCCAGCCCUUUCGCGUUGUUAAAUAUUCACUUCCUUUUUAUUGCACCUGAUUGACAGAUAAAAGACCUAAAAAAGAGUGUGAGGAAUUUUCCGAUUUCCCUUUGUAACUCAUUUUACGUCAGUUUCUUUGCGUAAAUCGCGCUCGAGAUUCGACUUUUUAGUUUGAAAUGCAAUAAUUCUGCUAAUACGAGACAUAUGCAAAUUUCCUCACACCCUUUUUUUAAUUAUUAAUUAACCCUAAAAAAUAUUUCAUGCUAUUGUGUGAUUUCCGCAUGGUGUUGACAGGUAUGUGAUCGCGUGGUUGAACUGCGGUUUCGCCAAAAUAUCCUGUACCAGCUAUUAAUAUUGUUUCGUCGGUGUUUAGCUUAGAUGAUUGUACCUUGGAAAAGCAAUUCUCGACUGAGGAAAAUAUGAUCUAGGGCCGGUUUUUGCAGAUAAGAAGGUGAUAAUUUGUGCAUUAUGUUUCAUUCAGUUUGUUGUCUAUUCCAUGCGAAAUCCUGUUGUUUAUCGGACCGCGAAAAAAGUAGUGUUUUGUUAACUAUUUAAGUUGUUAUGUAAGCCUUAACCAGGCACUCUUUCGCUGCAGUUUACUCAACUUAGAAAUUUCUAGACUGAAGUGACACCGGUUUGAAACUUCGCGUCAGAUUACUGAUAAAUGUUCUAAAAUUUGCGUCAUUUUAAAUUUGGACUCGUUGGAGUGCUUCUCGGGACCAUGAACUUACUGCCCGCCGUCAGAUAAAGGCUUUUACUCGGCCUUUGAACGAGAUUGCCAAGUAGUAGAAUGAGUUGAUAUUUUUGCUAACCGCCCGGUUUUCAAACACCCGGGUAUAUAUAUUUUAUAAGAAAAUUGAGGCUGAAAUUUGCACAAUUAUAAGUCAAAGGAUAUUUUAAGAAUAAAACCGAGGCUGAGAAUUUGAAAAAAAGUCAAUUUUGUGUUUGAAAAUCUGUAAUCUGGCACCCAGGGUACUAAACGGCGAGAGCGACUGGUAAUUGAAACCCCAAUACACUCUAAAGCGGAAAUCCCAUAAGCUAUUAUUUAUAAUUAAGAAUAAUUCAAGAAUAUUUUCAGCCUAAAAACGACAGAAAAAUAAGAAUAAUAUGUCUGGGCCGGAAAACAACAUUAUUAUAUAAAAAAAAGAGUUAAGCUUUUGAUAAAGAAAAAAAAUUACAAAUGUUAACUUGGAAAUAUUAAAUACGACGCUACAAUUACUGAAAUUAAACUCAGCAGUGUUUUCUUUGGCGCCAUAUUCGCGGAUUUUCUUUGUUACUGGUUCAUCGCCUUUUCUGUUGCGAUCCUCCGCCUAAUCCUUGCAAGUCCCUCUCGUCUGUACGUCGCUCACUCUUUGAUAGGUGUGAAGUGACUUCACGGUACAAUAUCCAGUAUCGUGUACUCCAUGUAGUUGACCUCUUUGUAUUAUGUGGUAUUCUUGCUUCAUUCCUGGCCUAAAUUUCCUUAGUAGUUACAGUAGUGAUCUCUCACAAGGAAUCUUCUUUAUCUGUAAAGAGAUCGGUUAAAAGCUAAGAUCCUCGGUGCGAAAAUUGAAAUUUUCAACUGCUUCCUAGUCCCACAAAAAGAUUCAAAAUUGUUUUCCGAAAGCUCAAUUGCAGUGGCCUAAACUGUUACCUCCGCUAAAACUGCUUGAGUGAUAAGCAGUUCUGACUCUGAAUCGCCCGACAUAAUGCUAAGCUGUUUUUAGCAUUCACUACGAACAACUAAUUCUACAUGCGACUUUGAAAAACUAACAUAAUUAAAAAGCCGAGAACCUUGUUGAUACCACCAGUGCUAGCAUAGAAUGUUAAAAAAAAAAACUAAAGAAAUCUGAACAGUGGAUGCAUUUUCCUUCAGGGUAAUUUUUUUUUUUUUUUUUUUUUUUUUUUUUUUUAACAUCCCCUGAAAAAUAAGCCAUAUAUCGGCCUUCAGCUCGGGCAACGUAUGAGGGGAAUAAAUCACGCAUGAUCUGUUUCUUAACAAUCGUUGAAACUACGUGAGAGCAAAGAACAGUUCAUUAAAGUUAAUGUCGCUCAAGUCAACCAAUUAGUAUGUUAUUUUUAGCAUUUUGGUAAAAAAAAAACUGUUUCUAUUGUGAUUUUUUUAUCCUUAUUUCUUUGUUAAGGCAUGACCGUCAGUGCCGGUGAUGAUUUCAUGCUGACUUGGAUGUACAGCAACAACAAGUUGAUGUUCACAAUGAAAUGUAAAACCACUGGCUGGUGUGCAGUCGCCUUUACAACAGGGGAUGGUAGCGGCAUGAAGAAUUACGACAUUGCCUUGGGAGGGGUCGCUUCCGGCACCAACUAUCUUGAUGUAAGUGGGAUGGAUUUCAUUCAGUAUAAAGAACUAUCCUUUUUUAUAGCAUCUCACUGACGCCAGAUGGGCCAGUGUAUUGAAUAGCUUUCACAAAUUAAGGACUAAGAAAAUGCCUAUUACUAGUCGGUGUUGUACGACAAUGAGAUCACCAUAGCGACCAUAAUAACUGUGAACAUACUCUUACGCCAACAAUGAUGUAAAUGUCGCACAUUUUGUGCCUGCAGCAGCAAUUGUACCGACAACUAAGUUAGCCCUCUGGAUCAGCCAUAGAAACGCGAUAUAGAUGUACAGAAUCUUUUUAAGAAAAAUCAGUAAACCUUUUCAAGUUCCUAAAAAAAAAUUUUUGACAAAACAAUUCGUGAAAACGCAGUUUUUAAGACACGAUCCCCGAAGAAGAAAAAUCUGAUUGGAUUAGGAAAGUGAACGAUUAAAUGAAAAUGGCGAAAAUAAAUGAAAAUACGGACACUGAGUCGAUCAUAGACAGGGUUCGAAAGUUCGCUGAGGGGAAAGACGUUAUGACCUCGAAAAUCGUGCGUAAAAGGCCAUUCAAGAACUUCAAUGAGCCCAUCAGUUCUGGGGAUUUUGCACAGAACACGAAAUUGUAAUUUAAGAUUAUAAUAACCUAAAAAGUGACGGUCUUUGCUGUGACUUAUGUCUCUUUACCCGCAGGAUUACUGGAGCAAAACAACGGGAAAACCAUCAAAGGAUACAAAAAACUUUGUUCUUACAUCGGCGAGUGAGGCUGGUGGAUAUACAACGGUGGUAUUUGAGAGAGAUCCAGAGACAAGCGACACUGAUAACGAUGUUCAGUUUAAGGUAAAUUCUGAACAUCCCUAAACACAGCUAUAAACUAUGUUACAAAAGUACAAAAGUGAGCAGUCUUUACGGGCGGGGAGGAGGGUGGUGCAACAACCUAAUGUCUGGUGUCCGUGUUAACAAAGAGAGGAAAAAACAGGACAAAAUAGGAAUAUUUACACUAAGCUCGUGAAUAUUGUGUACAGCCAAUAUCCUGUGGAUCCACAGAUGCGGGAAUUUAAACACGCAGGUCCCGCAGGCAAAGGGGCGUUUUGUGACGGCCCCAAAUGAGAAUAGGCAUCCGAGUUUAACUUAGUCCUCGAUUGUAUGGAGAAAAGUCUUCCCUGGACAGAGAGUCACCUUUCCAGCCGAGUCAACUGUAGCGCGGAGCGUUAAUAUGAACAAACCAAGAGUUGACAACAGCGCAAGUGCAUGCUCCGAUUGCCUCGCCUUGACUGGGAUGACCCGGCUUGACGAGCCAACUUGAUUAUAUGAAACAAAGUUGGCCCGACUAGAAGGGUGACCCUACCAUCGAAAUAUGUAACCUGGAUAGGCGUGUCAUCCUACUAGCUGAGCCCUCUAUUUGAUUUUCGUUAACAUUUCGCCAAGUCAAUGUAGGAAAAUUUGGCUCACCCAAGUGACCCUUAUACCUGGAACAAGUUUUCUCCACAUAAACAGGGUCUUAGGAACUUGCUGCUCUUUCAGAAGGUUGAAAACAACAUUGAAAUAGCAAAUUAAUGAAAUUCUUACAUAUUUCUUUAUGUAGCCUGGUACUGAUGUCAAGAUUGCGUGGGCCAAGCGCGACACUUCGGAUGGAAAUGUAGAUAUUGCUGUGCACACCGCCCGGGGAAUUCUGCCAGACAGGUACACUCUGGUUCCAGGAACAGGAGGUACCUCCACCACCAUAGGUGCAGCAAGUAUGUUUUCUGCGAUCCUGGCCGCCAUUGCUGUCUUUUUGGUGUCCUAAUGAGAUACCUUUAGGUGCAGCUACUUACACCACUUUAAAUGAGACUCACGGCAACUAAACAUUUAAAUCGUUAUGACUUUGUAAUUUCUUUAUUUCAACACAUAAAAUGUGUUUUGAUAGACGUUUUUUUGUUCGUCGUUCACGGAAGGAUCACGAUUCUGAUUCAAACCAUACCUUUUCUGUAUUUUUAUUGUUUUCACUUAUCCUCCCCCCGCCCCUUUUUUUAAUUUACUUUUCUUUUUUUGCUUUCUUUUUCUGCUUCGUUUUUUCCUAUUUUAUUCAGUCAUGUGAUAGUGCAUAAUCACGCGAUGCAAAUUCACCCUAUACGGAAAUUUGGUCACGCAUACCAAAUCCAUUCAAUGGUGUCGUGUUAAAUUAGUGAUUUACCGCGGUCAAAAUUUUACUGUCAUUUUAACUGCAGCUGCAGUUUAGUAAAUUCAAAGGAUUUUUUUUAGGCUUCAAAAUGGGGUCACUGUUUGACAGUAACUGAAAUAUUGUACCUUUCUGAGGACUUAAUUGGCUGUCUUAAAUUAGGGACAAACUGGUUUCAUUCAAGGGCUGAUUGAACAUAGUCUCAAGGCUGCAAUAGUUCUUUGAUUGAGCUCUUUUGGUAGAGAUGUUGUUUCGGAUUACUCCACAGAUAGCUGAAUAAGAUUUGAACUUCAAGUCUAUGAAGGCUUGAUGAGCACUUUGGGUCUGAAACAGAUCUUUGAAUUUAUCGUGUUUUGUUUUUUUUUUGGUAUCCGGAUAGUUCAAAUUAAUGCAAAGAUUCGUUCUUGAAAGCAUGCUCUUCAUUUACAAAUCACUGUAGUCGGUUUGACUUUUCUCCAAACAAACAGAUCGAAUCGAUGGUUUUGUCAGGAUUAAAGAAUGUGAAAAGAGAACGGCCUUUGUUGCCCCCUUUUUUCUAUUUGAACUUAACUGGAAUUUUUUCCUCAGAAUUAGGCUCCAAAAGCUUUACUUUGUUUUUUAGUACUAUUUGUCAAAUAUUUAGCGUAAAGAUAAAGUACAUGUAGUGAUUUCAUUAGCCUUUACUAACAGUCUUUAAGUCGUAAUUUUUAGCUUUCGUCUCAGUUUAUGAUAUGAUUUUGUAUUCUUACAUUUGAUGUAAUAAACUGUGCAAACGGAGUC